AUGUAUCUACACCUUGUAAAGUCUACAAACCCUGGCACCAUAACGGAAAUUGAGACAACAAUAGACAAAAAGGGUAAAACAUUGUUCAAAUAUCUAUUCUUUGCAUUUGGCGCAUGCAAUGAUGGAUAUAAAUUUAUGAGGAAGGUUAUAGUGAUAGAUGGCACAGUGAUGAAAGGCAAGUACAAAGGGUGUUUGGUAGCAGCAAGUGGUCAAGAUGGGAAUAUGCAGAUUUAUCCAUUGGCAAUUGGAGUAGUAGAAGUGGAGGAUGAUGCUGGUUGGGUGUGGUUUUUCAAGAAUCUAAUAAAAUUUGUCCCAGAAGUGUACCCAAUGGCGCAUCUUGCAGCAUGUGCAUUCCACCUUUUCCGUAAUGUUAAGCACAAGUACAAUUGUGGUGGCCUAGCUGGUCUAGUCUCGAAAGCAGGAAGAGCAUAUACGGUUGGUGAUUUCCGUUAUUGGUGGAGGCAGAUAGAGGAAACAAAGCCUGAAUGUGCAGAGUAUCUACUCAACAUUGGUCUACCACAUUGGACUCUAUCACACUUUACUGGAAACUGUUACAAUCUGAUAAGCAGCAACAUUUCAGAGUCUUUAAACGCCGCAAUGCAUAAAGGAGUGGAGUACCCAAUUGUGUCAAUGGUAGAAUUCAUAAGAGCCAUGUUGAUGAGGUGGUUUUGGUGUAGGAGGACAUUUACUGGGAAGACUAGAAGUAAAUGUACACCAGAAAUAGAAGAAUUGUUGAUUGAUCAUCUGAAAGAGUCACUCAACUAUGCGGUGCUAGGAGCAACAGACUGGAUUUACCAAGUUAACGACGCAGUUGGUUGUGAAUUUACUGUUGAUUUAGAGAAAAAAACUUGCACUUGUAGAGUAUUUGAUUUUCUGAAGAUUCCUUGCUGUCACACAUUGGCUGCUUGUCGAGUAAGAAACAUUGACCCCUACUCACUUAUUAGUGAAUGUUAUUUUGUUGGACCCUGGAGGGAGAAGUACAAAGGGGUACUAAUGCCAUGCCCAAAUGAGAGGGACUGCGACAUCCCUAUUGAGUUGACCGAAGUACCUGUUAAUCCACCUAGAACGAAAAGAGGCGGGGGAAGACCUAAAAAUAAGAGGAUCCCAUCACAGGGAGAAGUGGAUCACGGCACAACCGGAAAACUUGCUCGACGCUCAUAUGAUGAAGUGAAGAUGAUGUUUGCUCUGUUGACCCCGUAG